UAGUGGGGCUUAAAGUGAAAUUUAAGACAACAAGGGGCUCUCAGUGUGUAAACAAUAAAAAGGGCAAAAGGAGGGCUCUGUGCUCAUAGUUAGACGAGAAUGCAGAAGAGAAGAAGACGAUGAAGACGGAGACGAUGAACUGUGGAUUCAAUAGGUAAAUUAGUUGUUUUCCCAGAGCUUGAGUAUUCUUCUUCAGCUAAUUUUUCUGGAAGGUAGAUGGAUCGACAGGCUCAUGAUUAUGCAGCUGCUGCUGCUAUGGCAUUUGCCCAACAGCAGCAACAAGCAGCUAAUAUUCAACAGCAGCAACAAUUUGGUUUCCAUCCACAACAUCAACAGUUCCCUCCAUCAGUGCAUGGUCCUCCUUUCUUACCCCCACAUCAUUCUCUCCAACAGUACCCUUUCCAUCGCCACAUGCAGCAACCACAACUCCAUCCACAUCCUCAAUCCCAUCCUCAUCUUCUUCAUCUUCAGCAGCAUCAGCAGUCGCCGCCAGCUUUUCCUCCGCAUCCACCCCCUCAUCUUGUUCCUUCACCUUUCCUUGGUCCAUAUGAUUCUGCAUCACCCCCUCCUGCUCCCCCUUCUGAUCCUGAACUACAAAAGCGUAUUGAUAAGCUUAUCGAGUAUUCUGCCAAGAAUGGCCCUGAAUUUGAGGCCAUGAUCCGUGAAAAACAACAAGAUAAUCCUGCUUAUAGUUUCCUCUUUGGUGGUGAGGGGCAUAACUACUACCGCUACAAGCUUUGGUUAUCGACACGGCCUCCAGGUGGUCCUUUCAAUCCUCCUUUCCCCUCCUCUUCUAUACCUAUGAUGCAUCCUCCUAACUCUAUGAUUAAUCAAUCCUCUUUGAAUGCUCCGCUAAAUGCAUCACCUGCAGCUGGGUUGGGUGCACCUCAAAUGCACCAAUCUCCCUUUCCACCAUUCUAUGAGCAGCAGCAUCCUCAGCCCUUUGUUGGUCAUGGUCGACCAGAUUACGAUCAAUCUUCUAGGUCCUUUAAAGGUCUGUCUGGACCACUUCCUUCUGAUGUUGCAAUGGAGCUGAAUAAUGUACUUAGCAAUCUCACUGGUACUAAAGAGUCGAUUAAAGGUGCCAAGAUCUGGUUUAUGCAGAGGUCUCCAUUUGCACCUGCUCUUGCUGAGUCACUUAGAGACAGAGUGUUCACCAUGGAUGAUUCUGAUAGACAAUUGCACAUAAUUUAUCUCGCUAAUGACAUACUAUUUGACAGCUUGCAGCGACGGAUUGACCCUCACAACCUUGAUAAUGAGGCUCUUGCAUUUAAGCCUGUUUUAGGUUCCAUGCUUGCAAGGAUUUACCACAACCCUCAAAAUAAGGAGGAAAAUCAGUCACGAUUACAGAAAAUUCUACAAUUCUGGGCCUCGAAGGAAGUUUAUGAUCAUGAUACUAUUCGUGUGCUCGAGAAUGAGAUGAUGGGUGGACCACCGGCAAGUUCUUUUCCUGGGCCUCUGAAGGAAUUAUCUGCUGCUAUAACAGAUCCCUCAGCUGCAGGAAUGUCACAGCAGGCAACAAAUCAUAAUAUCCUACAGUGGCAGCCCGAUAAGCAAAGUUCGGUUUCACAUUUUCCAGAUCAAGAACAUCCUGAUAAACAAGUUCCUCUCGUACCGUCCUUGGUAGCCCAGUCAUUUCUUCCAAAUGCAGUCCCCACGGGUGCUUUCGUGGGGUCCGCACCAUCUUCUGUUCAACCAGCAAUUCAUCAACCUGCGCUUCAUGUAUUGCCCACACCAGCUGCUAACGUUGGUGAAAAAUUGCCUCCAUACCCUUUGUUCCCACCUGGUCUUAUUCCUGGAAUGGUCAGAAAGAUGCAGAUUGGCAGUGGAGUGCCUUACUCUCCCAUGAGUCCUUUGGAUAUCCCGACUGUAAUACCACCCUCCAAUGCAUCACCAUCUGAAACUCUCGAAAGAGUUUCAAAAUUCUUCAAAGAAAUUGGAGAGGUUAACCCUUCUGAGGGACCCAUGAAACCAUCUGAUCCAAACGACGAAGAUGAUGAGUAUGAGAGAGAGCCUCCCAUUCGCAAGGGUGGAGCUUGCAUCCCUCCACCACCUAAUCUACAAAUUGACCCGGAAACAGGGACUUUUCCUGAUGGAAGUGUAGAGCGGAAACCUGGAUCAGGUGGCUCAGGACGGUUGGGACUUGGUGCCACAGCUAAUCCAAACGAGGAAAGUCAAUAUGAUGAUGUUUAUACUUCUUAUAGGAAACAGAGAAGCACCAAUUACCAUUCAUCCAUGAGCGCAAGAGCAACCACAAGGUAAAACCAGUUGAAUGUGUUGCUACUUGUAGUAAGAAAUCCGAGACUGAAGGAUAGCUGGUUAGUUUCUUUACUUUCUUCUUCUUUUCUUUUUUCCUUGCCCCUUUUUCCUCAUUUCCCGAUGAAGGUGCUCUUAGCUCGACAUCAGUUGUUCUGUUCCAUCGAGUUGGAGUAUUUGCAACUUAUUCUGUAGGAACAUUGGCAUCAUUUACCUUUAUUGUGCUAGUUAAGAUUUUGAAUUGAUUGAAUGCAUGGACUGUGGACCACAGAAUCCUGUAUUAAUUCUUCUAGACUUAGAAGCAACGGCUAGUUAACUAGUAAUUAGAAUUAUAUGCAGUCCCAUUUCAUGCA